AUGUCUUUUUUUUGCAGAAUUCGCUUGCAUUUUCACUCACUCACUCACUCACUCACUCACUCACUCUCUCUCUCUCUCUCUCUCUCGCUCUCUUUCAAUUUCUUACUAUCUCUGUCUUUUUCCCCCAGCUUCUCUCUAUCCCUCUCUCCAUCUCUCUGUCUCUGUCUCUGUCCCUCUUCUCUCUCUCUCUCUCUCUGUCUGUCUGUCUCUCUCUCUCUCUCAUUCUCUUUCUAUUAUCCCUUUCUUUUUUCCAUCUUCUCUCUCUCUCUUUCGCCCUCUCUUUCUAUUUCUUACAAUCUCUUUCUUUUUUCUUCCAGCUUCUUACUCUCUCUCCCUCUCUGUCUAUUAAUUAUUAUCUCUUUCUUUUUCUUUCAGCUUCUUACUCUCUCUCUCUCUCUUUCUCUUUAUUACUAUCUCUUUCUUUUUCUCUCUCUCUUUCACCCUAUUUUUAUUUCUUAUUAUUUCUUUCUUUUUCUUUCAGCUUCCCCCCUCUCUUUCUAUUUAUUACUAUCCCUUUCUUUUUUCCCAUCUUCUCUCUCUCUCUCUUUCGCCCUCUUUUUCUUCCAGCUUCUUUCUCUCUCUCUUUCUCUUUAUUACUAUCUCUUCCUUUUUCGUCCAGCUUCUCUUUCCCUCUCCCGUCCUCUUUCUCUUUAUUACUCUCUCUCACUCUCUCUCUCUCUCUGUUUUUUCCAGCUUAUCUUACUCACAAUCUCUCCCCUCCUUUUCACUUGCUUUCCGUCUCUUACUAUCUCUUUCUUUUUUCUUCCACUUUUCUUAUCCCUUCUCUCUCACUCUUUCUCUCGCUUUCUUUUUCUUACUCUCUUUCUUUUUCUUCCAGCUUCUUUCUCUCUCUUUCCCUAUCUCUCUAUAUCUUUUAAUUUAUCUCCCUUUUGCUUCCAUCUCUCUCUCUCUCUCUCUGCUUGUUCUUUUAUUCCAUUCUCCCAUUACGCCUUCACCGUUGUUACCACUUCCCUUACCCCAAGGCCUGCAGAAGUUUCAAAGUAA